CUCGAUCGAUAAGCCUUAAGCCUGGACUAGAUGAUGUUUUUUCUAAAGUAAUGGGUAAUGAUCGAAAUGGUGAUGCGGUUAUGUAUGGUCUGGGUGUUCGUGCUGCUGAUGUUUGGGGUGUAAUACCAAGUCGUUCAGCAUGUCAUAGAGAAAACAUCCAAUUGAAGUCUCAAUGUGAAGAACUUACUAGUACUGUGGUCCAGUUACGAGCCCAAGUAUCAGAGAUGGAAGGGUCAAGGGGUGGUUCAAGUGUUCAACCUCUUGCAUCACAACAUUUCCCCAAUGUAACCAAUGGACAUCAACGUUUACGGGUCGAAGAUGAAGUUUUCCUCAAAAGCAUUCUAAACUCUACCGAGAUUGUAGCAAGAGGAAGGGUCCAGAGCUUGGACCCAAAUGAUCUAGUUGGUGGUACAGAGAUUGGACCAGAUGGUGUGAGGUAAACGUUCAAGUACCAAUAAAAAAAGAUGAAAACUUGGUAAGACCAUAUGGUUUAUUUUCUACAAUUCAAGAUUGUAUUAGUGCACCCAUCGCAUGGCCCUGUCCAUUCAUCUCGGUAUGUAUUUGUUAAAUUUGUGAUACAAAUAAUUUUAAUAUCAUGGAACUUAAUGCUUAUACAUGGAUGGUUUAUUUGUAGGUAGUCCAUGAGGAUUGAGGACGCAUGAUGAC